UACAUGUUUCAUUCAUGAGAAGAACCCAAGUGCAAGGAGUUGCCCAUCCUUUUCACUUUCCCCUCCCAAUAUAACCCCCAUCUCCCCCCAUCCCUCAAAACCUCACCCGACCCUCUCAAAAACUCCGAAACCCAAGUAAAAACAAAUGUCUAAACUUGGCGAAUUCCACGCGAAACACUUCUCCUUGGCAUUCAUUUUUGUCGUGAGUCUCCAGCAGCAGGACCACGUCGACGCCCAAUCCUCGAUGGAGCCAGUCCCGACGUACAUCACGCACCACAGCUGGGAGCCCUCGGUGGCCAUCACGGUGGGCGCCAUCAUCCUGGCCCUCCUCCUCAUGGCGGCCGUCUGCGUCUACCUGCGGCGCUGCGCGGAGUCCCGCGUCAUCAUCGCCAGGCGCACAACCGUCCCCUGCUCCUGCGCGCAGGGGAUAAACGCGGAGCUCCUCAGCACGUUCCCCACGCUCUUGUACUCCAACGUCAGGCACCUCAGCAAAGGGAACCACACGCUCGAGUGCGCCGUCUGCUUGACGGACUUCACCGACAAAGACACGCUCCGCCUGCUCCCCAAAUGCAGCCACGUCUUCCACCCUCACUGCAUUGACUCCUGGCUCGCCUCGCACGUCACCUGCCCCGUUUGCCGCGCCAAUCUCAGCGCCGACACGUGCCACCAGGUUGCCGUAACCCUCCCCAACGACGAACCUUCCCUUCACAACGCGCCCGCUGAGGAGAAUCAACUUUGUCUUCGAGAUUCCGCUUCGGCUAACGAUAAAGUGGCUGAGGAGAAUCAAAUUUGUAACGACCGCUCCAAGGUAACAGAGGAGAAUCAAGCACGUGUUCCGGAUCUUGACUCGAGUAAUGGGGUGACCAAAGUGGUGUGUUUAAGCGACAAGGUGUUGGAGUCAAAUCCGCAUUUUGAUGCGAGGAGGAAGCUUUCGAGGUCGAACUCGACGGGGCAUUCUCUUGUGGAGGCGGGGAAGUGUGUGGAGAGGUACACGUUGAGGUUGCCGGAGGAUGUGAGGAGGUACAUUCUGGUCAACCAUGUUCAACGUUCCUCCAGUGUUAAGGAAACGUGUUGGAGUGACGGAGAUGAGGGCUACACGGGGAAGAGGUGGGUGAUUUGCACGCCGCCGUUUGUGGCGCCGCGCCAUGGUGGUUGAUGGAGGAGCUUCGUCGAACACUUGCUAUUUGUUCUGCGUUGCUGCCUCUUCGUGAACGCUGCGCCUUUGUUGGGUGGGAAGGGUGGUGGAAAUGAAGGUUUGGGAUGGUUCAAUAAAUGGGUCUUUGUCGAUUCUUGCGGAGGUUGGGAGGAUUUGGGGUUGCAGAGAUGAACCAGAGGAAUGACUGAGAUGGAAGGAGAUUAGAACAGUAGAGUCGUCAAUGAUUGAGUCAACUCGUUUAGUUUACGCUUUUGGCUUAUGAGUCAACUCGUUUUUUUUUUUUUUUUACUUUAUUUUUUUAGGAUGAGAGAGUGUAAGAUCAGUGUUCUUUUGCAUAUGUUAUUUAUUUUAUUAUAUUCAUUUAUAAUAUACCUAGUAUUAUUAACCGUGAUUA